AUGCAAGAAGUUACAUGUUUUAGCUAUGAGAGAGAUGGUAUGAUUAUUGUAUUAACAAGCAUAGCCAAUGAUUGGUGGGUGAUACAAUAAACUUAUCAGAUGGCAUAAAAGUAAAUCCAACAUCAAAUGCCAAUUAAUUUGAUUCAUCAAGAAACCAACAAAUAUUUGUGUGUGGAUGAGAAAAACCUAGCCAAAUCAAAGAAUGGUCAUUAAGUCACAGCCAUGUAAUCAUCAAUGCAACAAUCAUUUAAUAUUUCAACAAUUGAUAAUUAAUAAUUGAUUGUUGGUAAACCAUUCUUCGUUUUGUAUUAACCUAUGAAUAAAUAUUUAUGUUAAGGACCAUCAUUAUCCGAAAUGCAAUCAACCUAAUAUGAAGUCAUAUUGACUUCUAAGCUAACAACUUCUUGCUUAUGGAUUGUUGAAAAAGUAUUUAAAUGA